GCCGCCCGGUUGCCGGAGGCCGCGCCAGCUUCCCCACUGCAGGCCCGCGCGGGCGCACAGGCCUCAGCGGGGAGGGAAUGGCCGCCUCACACCCAGCGGCGAAGCUGGCGGCCUCCAGUCUCCAAACCCCGGUAAAUCCCAGCACCGGAGCGCAGGUCGCCCAGUACGAACGCGAAGAACCUUUAGAGGCUCUGGGGGUGGAGGCCGUGGAGGAGGAGAAAGACGAAGAGGAGGAGAAGGCAGUGCGGCCGGCGCGGGCGCGGACUAAUAUUAACACUAACAUUUCUGAGGUGGAUGGACAAACACAUAUAAGUGGUGAGGACUUUGUGGACUUCUCUGAUGUUUACCACUCUAAUGAAGACUAUUUUAGGAAACUAGAAGAGCUGAAAGCUGCCCACUUGGAAACUAUGGCAAAAUUAGAGAAAAUGUACCAGAAUAAAUUAAAUUUAAAGGAAGUUCAGCCAGUGAUCAUCAGGGAAGAAGCUUCUAGUGUCUCUUCCAGGUCUGAAUCAGAAAAGAACUAUCACCAUAUCUCAUUAAUGACAUCCUUUUCAGAGCCUGAUUUAGGGCAAUGUUCCUCCUUGAUUAUGUCUUCCUCUGAAGAUGAGUUGCCCAACUUAGAAAAAGAGUGUCCUGAGAAAAAGAGAGUGAUGAGCUAUGCUAAAGAACUGAUCAACAACAUGUGGACAAACUUCUCUGUUGAAGAUUAUAUUCAGUGUGGACAUGCUGACUUCCCAGUUGAAAAAACAAAGAAGAAACCAAGAGAAUGGGUACCAAAGGUUACAGUACCUGAACCUUUUCAGAUGAUGAUUAGGGAACAGAGGAAAAAAGAAGCAAACAUGAAAUCUAAGCCAGAUAUUGAAAUGGUACACCAACUGCUCAAAAAACAAGAGGAGGAAUCAGAGUGUAAGAAAAAAUUCCGAGCCAAUCCAGUUCCUGCAUUUGUCUUUUUCCCCCUUUAUCAUGACAUAGUCAAGCAAAAUGAAGAACGCAGGAGAUAUAUGAAGGAGAAAAACAAAGAAGCUCUUUUGGCCUCACAAAAGCCAUUUAAGUUUAUCGCAAGGGAGGAACAGAAGCAAGCAAUCCGAGAUAAGCAGAUGAGAGACUUGUUUAAGUCUAAAAAGAAAACAAAUCGAUUUAAGGCCAGACCUAUACCUCGGUCUACUUAUGGUUCGGUUACCAAUGGAAAGUUAGAAGAAGAGCCGUAUAGAAACAUUAGGAUGCAACUGAGAGCCCAAGAGCUUUUACAGAAUUCAUCCCCUCUGCCUCGCAGAUCAGGUCACAGUUGUGCUGCAAGGAAGCUCAAGGGUCCUGAACAGGCUGAAAAGUUGAAGUGUAAACACAACUUUAGGUGGCAAACUGCUGAUUUUGAAGACCUUCCCGAGAGAUAUCAGAAACACCUCUCGAAACAGAAGUUUUCAAAAUUCCUAACUGUCCGUAAACCAUCUGAUCUUCACGCAGCCUCCAAUGCAUCCACACAGAGAGAGAAAAUUUUGGCAGACGUUGCAGCAGAUGAAGAACAUUUAAAAGAAACACGGGCUUAUCUGUCUCCAAGGCACAAGUCACCAGCAAGAAGUGCAAGUGCAAAGCCUGUGCCUUGUAACCGCAACCCUCCAAUGCCCACAGUGUCUUCCAGAGGAAGAGAACAAGCCACAAGGAGAUCACUUGAGGAAAAGAAAAUGUUGGAAGAAGAGAGAAGUCGGAUCCUAACUAAGCAGAAGCAAAGGAUGAAAGAAUUGCAGAAACUCCUGAUGACCCGGGCUAAGGCUUAUGACUCACAUCAAAGUUUAGCUCAAAUGUCUAAAUCCAGAGUCAUGUCUCUCAGAAAGAGUGAAAAGGAAAGGAUGAGAGAAUACCAACGAGAACUAGAAGAGAGAGAAGAAAAAUUAAAAAACAGGCCGCUACUAUUUGAAAGAGUUGCUCAGAAAAAUGCAAGAAUGGCAGCAGAAAAGCAUUAUUCUAACACCCUAAAAGCAGUAGGACUAUCUGAUGAGUUUGUUUCAAAGAAAGGCCAAAGUAGAAAAAUAUUUGAGUACUUCAGCAAUCAAGAGAUGAAAAGUUUCACUGAAGAUAAAGAAAGCCUUAAUGAAGAAGAAAAAAUAGAAGAAGGAGAGAAUGGGAAAGAAAAUUAUUUUAUUGAUACCAACAGCCAGGAUUCUUACAAGGAAAAAGAGGAAGCUGAUGAAGAGAGUGGAGAGGAGAAAUCUGUCAAGGAGUAACAUGGAAUCAGUAGGGUCUCCUGUCUGAGCCCCUGCAGUCAAUUACAGUCUUGGGCAUUAGCAUCCAUGCUCGUGGUGUUCAGAACAUCAGUGGGAACCUUGUGAUAUGUACAGGGCUCUUGAGCAAAGUCAUGUAUAGCCUGAAAAGGCCAAAUCCAGCCAAAUGAAUGGUUUUUGGGUCAGUUAGAGUAAAGCUUUGGCUAUUCAGGUUUUUUAAUCGCUACAUAUAGUCUGUGUGUAACUUUGAUCUCACUUGUAUUUUUAAAAAGCAUUUGAGAAUCACAGCUGUCACAAACUGAUUAGUUAUAAAAAUAUAUGUUACUUCCUUAUUUGGGGUGGAAAAAAAUGGCUUAGCAUUGAGAGCAGAGAGAAGUAUUGGCUUUUGGUGAUUUGAAAACAUUUUUCUCGGAAGCCUGAAUCAAUAAAUAUCUUAAAAUUACACUAUUUGCCCAUUCUUUUCCUCUGCAAUACAUCUCACAAAAUGAAUCCUCACACUUGUUUUACUGGGUAUUUUAAGUCUUAUCUGAGCCAUUUUUUUAAAAAUAAUAAAAUACAGAAAAAAUACAUACUUGCAAAUUUGCAUACAUUUCUGCACUGAGAGUUUGCUGUUAAAUUAUCCACACUAUAUCAUUACUUUUUAUUUUUAUCCCUAGUCUUAUUCCAAAUUAUUUUUGAUGUGUAAAUUAUUGGAAAAGUUUUUAUAUCAGGUAUUUUUUUAAUUCUGUGUAUUAUGAUGGAAAUAAUUGUAAGCAUCUGAGUUAUAAUCUUAAUUGAAGGUAAAUAUCAACCCUGUUGUGUAUAUGAUGAAAUUGUGCAUAAUAACUUGUUCAAGGAAAAUCUCCAAAGAAAUUCAUGUUUAACUCUUUUUUAUUUUAUUAUUAAAAAAAUAAUUUUUUAAAUGUCUUAUUUAUUUUUGAGAGAGCACAGUCAGGGAGGGGCAGAGACAAGGGGACAGAGGAUCUGAAGUGGGCUCUGUGCUGAC